AUGGAGGAUGAGAGCGUAAAAACUCUUUUACGAUUAGCUCAGAAAGAUGAAAAAUAUCUAAUUUAAUUAUUGAAUGAGAAAGUUAAAAACGAUUCAGAGCUAUCAGCUAUUAAAUUAAAAAAUGAGCAACAAUAGAUGUUAUUAAUGUCUUAAAUUAAUGAUUUCAAGCAACUUGUUAGAAAAUAUGAAGACAAAAUCUAAAAUUUAGAGAGUAUGCUUAGAAAUUAUGAUAGUACACAAACUGCGAAUAAGAUUAAAGCCGAUUAAGAUGAAAAGAGUUUAAUCGAAUACUCUUAAGCGAUGAAACAUGUUUGGAAUAGCUUGAUUCACUUUUAUAAAAAUUUAAGUAUUCAGAAAAGAGCAGAAGUUUGUACACUUGUUUACGAUGAUUAGCAGGUAAAAGAACUUUUUACUAAGUUAAUUGAAUAUGUAUCAGAAGACUAUCAAGAAUUUUAAAGGGAGAUAGGAAAAUUGCAAAAAGAGAGCAUCUAGUUCAAGAUUAUGAAGGAAAAGUACUAAAAUUUUGAAAAUAUCAAAGACGAGAUGAUGUAAAGACACUAGAAUGAAAUAAAGUUGAUUGAAAAGCAAAAAGAAAAUAUCCUUGAAAAAAAUGCUCUCCUUUAAAAUUAAGUUGCUGAUUUAGAAAACUAGCUAAAGCUAUAAAAAUAAGACAAGCAGUCAGAUUAAUAGCAUCAAUAAAGAAAAGUGAAAAAUUUACAAUAAAAAAUUGAUGAAUUAAAUUAAGAGAUAGAAAAUUUAAAAUCAGAUGCUCUUAGAAACUAGCCUCAGCCAAUGCUAAAUCAUUAAUUAUUAUUAGAAAGAUAGCAUAGUUUUGAUAGAGAGAAAAUGGAGUACUAAGAGAGACUGAGAAUCUUAACUGAAAAUGAAAUAAGCUAAAUAUAACAAAUAAGUGAAAAGAGAUUAAAGUAAUAAUCUUAUGAAUUUCAAUCAAUAAUCAACUAAUUAAAAGAAAAGUUAAGUAUUUAAAAAGACAAACUUACUUAAAAUAGCAAACAUAUAGAAAAUUUAAAUUCAAUAAUUAACAACACUUCCACAAUAACAGAGAAAGAAUAGCUAUUAUUAUAAUAAAUUAAACAACUUGAAUUAUAAAAUUAAAGUCUAAGAGAAGAUUUAUAAAUUGCUAAAGAUUAAUAAUUACAGUUAAAUAUUUAAAACCAUAAAUUAGAGAGUGAACUAUCUCACAGCAAGACUCUAAUAGAUAAUCUGAAUAAUAUUCUUUAGGAUUUUCGUACUAAAUUUGAUCACAGCUCAGACAAUAACCUCAGUAAAAUAAAACAGCUUGAAUUGGAAAAGGAUGCCCUUAUAAAAUAGAUAAAUGAAUAAAAUUCUAAGAUUGUUUUAGUAUUGGAAGAAAAUAUUGAUAGAGUUAGGAAAGAAGAAAAAGUAAAAAGAGAUGAUCAGCUUAAUGAGUUGAAAUAGUUACACAGAAUAGAAAUUAAUUAAAUUACUCAUAAAUUUGAAUAAAAGAUAAUUGAUCUCAAGGAUCAAAUAAGAGCUUAAAUGGAGAAAUAACAGUUAAAAUUGGAUGAAUAAAAUUAAAAUCAAUAAAAAAUGAAAGAGCUUUUUGAGAGAGAAAUUGCUAAAUACCAACAACAGAUAAACCAAAUAAAUUUUGAGAAUUAAAACCUUCUUAACUAGUACAAAGAUGAAACUUUAAAGCAAUUAGAAACUGUAAAAUAGGAAAGGGAAAAAGAUUUAGCCAUAAUGAAAGAGUAAAAUGACAAAUUUAAAGAAAGAGUGAGAAAAAGAGCAUUAGAAGAUGUCUAAAAAGAACAAAAAUAAUAAAUGGAGAAGUUAUAAUAGAUAAUAAGUGAAUGGGAAUAUAAAUAUAGUUAAGUUGAAGAAAAGCUUACAAAUCAGCAUAGAAUACAAACAUAAAAAAUUAUCUCUUAGUAUGAUUAGCAAAUUGGUGAGCUUAGAAGUAUAAAUGAGAAUAAAUAAUUCGAAUUGGAGUAGAGAGUGAAAAAUUUGCAAGAAUAAAACGUUUCUCUCAAGUAAACAAAUAUUGAAUUAGAAUAAUAGAUGAGAAUAACAAAGUUAGAAAGCAAUAAGUGCAUAGAAUCAGCUUCAUCUUACAAAAUUAUGAACGAGGAAUUGAUUAAAAAUUAUGAACAACUUCAAAAUCAAUCUCUCAAAAUGUAAAAAGAGCAUGAAUAAGAAGUUGAAAAGUUAUGCAGUGAAAUUAAGGAAAUAAAAGGAAAAGUCUCAUAAAUCUAUGAAGAAUAAUGCAAUUAAUAUUUAACAGAACAGUAAGUUUUUGUUAAAAAUAUGGAAAAAAGUGUUAAUGAAUUGCAAAGUCUCCAUAAGCAGGAAGUUCGAGACCUGAAAGAGUAAUUAAAGGAAAUGCAAAUACUAUUUAAUUUAAGACCAAGUAAAACAGAAGAUGUAAAAACAAUAAGCUAACUUUAAGAAGAACUUACUUAAGCAAAUAGGAAAAUAAAUUAGUUUGAAUUAGAAUAUUAAAAUAUGAAAAAAACUUAUGAUGUUUUUAAACCACAACCUUAACCUUUAUCUUCACAUGCUGCUUUACAUUAGAUCAUUAAUAAUAUAUAAUUAAACGCAUCUUCAAUAGUCAUUCCAAACAAUAACUUUUCUCAUAAUUAAGUUAUUACAACUCUCAAUAAUUAGAAUUCUCGAAAGGCAAUUACUCCAACAAAAAAUUAAUAUUCACCAAUAGCUGGUUAAAAAUUAAACCAAAAUAGUUAGUAACAAAGAGUAUAAAGCUCUUUAAGUAAUUAUCGCUUGAAUUUAUCAUCUACAGAUGAUUUAAUUCAGUAUUAGCAAUCUUAAUAAAAGAGUGGAGGAAAGGAAGACAUUCUAGGGAAAACUUUAAACGACAUUGAAUUUUGCAAGUUAGACGAGACGGUUCAAUCUAAGACUACUAUAAAUAUGUCUAAGACUAGUAAUUUAAAAAGAAACCAUAAGCCUAAGAGGAUUAAAACAGAAUAAGAAGAUGAUGAUGAAGAUAGAGAAAUUUACAUAUAAAAUAUAAUUAAUAACAAUAGGAAUCAAAGUCGUAUUGGUAAAUUAUUAAAAGAGGGGUCAUAAGUUAAUUCGAGUUUAGACCAGUUUAAAAUAUAAGACUCAUAAAGUCCUUUAAAAAACAACUUGAUUUAAUAGAAAAUGAAAACUAAAUUUGGGUUAAAACUUACUUUGUAGGAUGCCAUAUAAAAAAAAAGUUAUGGUGUCUCCAAAGAUAAAUAUACUUUUGAAGUAGGAAAUGUUUAGAAUCAACUACCAGAAAGUGAUUUAUUGCAUAAAUUCAAUACUAUAUCUAACACAAAUAACCAAAAGCAAAAUCAAAAUCAAAGCAACAAUAAAAACUAAAUUAGCAGUACAAAAAGACAGCGAUUUAAUACCAUAUCAAAUUUAGGUGAAAAAAACUAGUUUUUAAUGCCUAAAAAUAUACAAUUUUCAAGAAAAAUAAGAGACGAAUAAUUGAAAUGUUUAUCUAUGACUAGGCCUAUGAGUUCUUUAGAAUUUAAUCAAUGA